AUGUCGUCUUUGCCUGUCUUUAAUCAAAGCCAUUCUCGUAGCGAGUCAAUAAGUAAUGGACAAGACUCUAGUAGUGAAAAUAGACACACUUCCUCUUUAUCUGCUGUUCAAUACAGCACAAAUACUGCUAGUCGUACUCAAACAUUAACGGCUACUCAGACACAAGAGUCCGUGACUACUCAACUAGAAACUGCUGGCGUCUUGCAGUUGGAGGGUAGAGGUCUUGAUUCUAGUCAGCGAAGAGUGGCUUGGAACGAUGAUGUUAUUGACAAUGAGAACAUGAAUAAGAAAAAAAGCAAGAUUUGCUGUAUCUAUCGCAAGCCUCACCAACCCGAUGCAUCAUCGUCGUCUGACUACUCAUCUUUGGACGGAAGUGAUCCAGAUGAACCCAAUGCAUAUGAAAGACAGUCUAAACCUUCUAAACGCUCCAAAAAGAAGCACAGUCAAUCCCAUAAUGAUUGCAAUCAUGACCACUCGUCAAAUAAGGAUUGUGAUACUCCUUUAUAUUCAUAA